GUCUCAGCCCAAAGCUUCUAACAGGCACAUCCCAUUCUUGAAGAGAGGGGGACCGAGAGACACUCGCCGUGUCCAUGUUUUUUCCUGUCAUUCCCGCACGAAUCUGACUGUACCCCUCAGACUGUUCAGACCAGAAACGCUUCUCCAUAUCGAGGAAUUUACACUGCAGUUUCACCAGAGGACACUGGAGGAGACGCAACCACUAAUGCUUGCAGUCCCUUAAAUAUGUAGCUAACAAAUAUUAACUCAACGAUUGAUUACGCUAACGUUCCUGCGUGAAAGAUUUUUAAGAGACCAGUGCAGGACAUGAUCUGCACCUGACCAGCCUCGUGUCUUCGUUGAAUGGACUGAUCAGCACGAGAUAAAGUUCGUCGCGCGCUGAACAACUUCUUCUGUACACUGGCAUCGGAAGCACCGCGCUUUGAAAGGAUAGCGAUCUUUAUUAAUUUCAAUUAAAGCUACAUAAUCAAGGCGAGACGGCGACCUCAGUCGAUUAUCUUUCCUUCCUUUGCUAUCCCAUGGAUAUUCACUGCAAAGCAGACCCCUUCUCGGCGAUGCACCGGCACGGCGGUGUGAACCAGCUAGGAGGGGUGUUUGUGAAUGGCAGACCCCUACCUGACGUGGUCAGGCAAAGAAUCGUGGAGCUCGCGCACCAAGGAGUCAGACCUUGUGACAUUUCAAGACAACUACGGGUCAGCCAUGGCUGUGUCAGCAAAAUUCUCGGAAGAUAUUAUGAAACCGGCAGUAUUAAACCUGGAGUAAUUGGGGGGUCCAAACCAAAAGUGGCGACGCCCAAAGUUGUGGAAAAAAUCGCAGAAUACAAGCGGCAAAAUCCAACAAUGUUCGCCUGGGAGAUCAGAGACCGACUCUUGGCCGAAGGCGUUUGUGACAACGACACAGUACCAAGUGUUUCAUCUAUAAACAGGAUAAUUCGAACCAAAGUUCAGCAACCUUUCCACCCAUCCUCCGACGGCACAGGAACGCCUCUUUCCACAGCGGGACACACUAUAGUGCCCAGCACAGCCUCCCCACCUGUGUCAAGCGCUUCCAAUGACCCCGUGGGGUCCUACUCUAUUAAUGGCAUCCUAGGAAUCCCUCGCUCCAACGGCGAAAAGAGAAAACGUGAUGAUGUUCUCUGGAGUGGCAACCACUUGGAUGGGAGGAAAAUAGGAUAUUAUGGUUCAGAUGGCUCUGGCCCUAACAGUGAUUCUCAGGGUAGUGUGGAGAGUUUACGGAAGCACCUGAGGGCCGAUGCCUUCACUCAACAGCAGCUGGAGGCUCUGGAUCGGGUGUUUGAGCGGCCGUCAUACCCCGACGUCUUCCCCACGUCAGAACACAUCAAGCCAGAGCAGGCUAAUGAGUACUCGCUACCAGCACUGAACCCUGGACUGGACGAAGUCAAGCCCAGUCUGUCAACCAGCGUCAGCUCAGAUUUGGGCUCCAGCGUGUCACAGAGCUACCCGGUAGUGACAGAGUCACAUUCAUCCUCCAUGUGCGUUAAGCAGGAGCCGCAUGAGGCUUCCCUGGCUCCUUUCACCCCUUCCUCACUGGCAGUGUCGGGCCUUGCGGAACUGUUGCCCCUCCAGCCCAGCGUGUCAGUAGACGCCUCCACCCCCUGCUACGGUGCCUAUGCCCAUCAUGCGCCCAGCUACUGCCAGUAUGCAAGCCAGCCUAUUAUAGCAGGUCGAGAGAUGGCGAGCACGACCCUACCAGGAUACCCACCUCACGUUCCCCCCACUGGGCAGGGCAGCUACCCCACCUCUACACUUGCUGGAAUGGUGCCUGGAAGCGACUUUUCAGGAAAUCCCUACUCUCACCCGCAGUACACAACUUACAAUGAAGCUUGGCGGUUCAGCAACCCCGCGUUAUUAAGUUCCCCUUAUUAUUAUAGUGCCGCAUCCCGGGGCUCCGGGCCUCCCACUGCUGCCACUGCCUAUGACCGCCACUAGUUACCAUCGCAGCCCAGUCAAACUGCAGGACCACGGCCGCGGCCUCCAUAUCGUACCCGUCUGAAUGGUCAGAGGGAUUGAAGAUGGAUACGCCAUCUUCACUUUCAUGGAGCCGAGAUCCGAUUUGGAGGGUCAAGCAACAGCGGACAUCCACUACAUUCCCCCUUUGGCACCAUCACUGAACUAUUUCCUGAAAGACUUUGAAAGAUUCUACGAAAAUAUAUAUAUUAUACGAGAUAUAAAACAAGACGAACCGUGUGAAGAACUACGAAGUAAACAAUUGAUGUGCUGUUGUUUUUUUUUUCUCUCCAUUUUUCCCCCAUUCUCUCUCAAUCAAUCAAAUACAUUCCUUUACAUACUGUAUUUAGCAUCGCUAACACACACAACACACACGCAAGGUUGCCUGAGGCCUUUACAUCAUUUCACUAGUGUCUUACCUCUCACGGACGUGUCAGAAAACUGCAGUAUUGCUCCAUUUUCUGUCAAACAGACAAGUGUAACUGUUUUAGAAGCCAUCUCUCUGACUCGUGGUAUGAAGCUACCAACAUUUUCUGUGAUACACAAUCAAAAACGGGGGAAGAACAAAAAAAAGAAGAUUAAAACAGGUCAGUUGAUGUAUGUGACCUGAAAAGAAAACCGUAUAUUAAAUUAUUGUUUUGGUUUCGCUGAUGGUUUGUGUGCGUGUGUGCAUUUGUGUGUCAUACAUUUUCGGGAUACUCAUUAUCGGUGCCGCUAUUUUCUUGUUUGCACUAUUUUGCAUUACUGGAUUUAUAAGUACAACUGAAUUACGACUUUUGUCAGAUGUUAUAUUUAAGCAAAAGGAAUCGAGAAAGCAACGCAACGUCGAACAAAAAAUACACUUGCUGUAUGUUAGGAACUAGCCUUUAUCUGUCAUUCAGUAAAGCGUUUUUGUAACUGAGACCGAACGACUGGCUCAGUACCAAAGUAAUCAUUAGCAGUCAGUUUUACAAGUUCAACAAAUGCCUUACAGCUUUUUUUAUUAUUAUUUAAUUUUUUUUAUGGUUUGGCUUUGGUCCUGAGAGGUAGACAUGCAUGUAACCCUUCUGUGUGGUGGAACAAAACGCGAGGAUAGAAAUGGAAACGGUUCAUACAUACGCUCCUGGAAAUGUAAAGUGAAUGUACUUUAUACCACGUUUGCCAAAGACUUAGUUUGAUAUUUAAUAUUUUAUUUGCUGUAUCUGUCAAUAAAACAGUAUUAUGUUUUAAUAGUAGUCAAUACUGAUUGUAUGUGGUAAUGUUGAAGAAAAAGGAAAACGAUCCAUAUCCCCCCUCCUGCCCAACACACAGCGAUGUACACAUUAAAAAAAGGUGAAUUCUGUUACUCAAAGGUAUGUCAUUUGCAACAAACUGCUGCUUUGUAGAAUGAUUUUGUGUAUAAUGUGAAAACAAUUCUUCGAUGUAUAUAAGAUCACCUACAUUUCACCAUUGCAGUAUCGUACUAAUUUACUGAUUCCAUUUGUAGAUAUGAGAAUUGAAAGAAGAAGAAAAAAAAGAUUGACAUUACAUUUGUGUCUUCAAUGUGUUGUGCUUUUGCAGAGACGCACAACUAAAAGUUUGGAACCGCCGUGGUUCGGUGGGUUUCAGAUGCUGUCACCACAUGUGCGGCUGUUUGUAUGUUUUGUUUUGGUUCACUUUUACUUGUUCAUACUGUUUAAGUCUCUAUGCAAAUCAAGUAAAAUGGUAUUCUGUAUUCUCCUUUAUUACUGCGUUCAGUUUUACCCUUCAUUUUAAAUCAUGCCUAAAUCCUGUAUUGAGGAUAAUCCUGUAGACGCAAACAAAUACAUUUCACAUGCCUGGGUUUGUGGAUUGUUUUUGUACUUUGGCCCUUAAGAGUUGAACACAACACUUUAGAAUUGUUUUUUUUUUUUUUUUAAAUGUUAAGUUAAAGUUACAUUACUGCAGAUGACACAAAAUGUAUGGCAUGCAAAGGAAAAAAUGACAACAAAUAAUAUAACUAUACUUAAAUUUAUCGUACACACAGUACAACCACUAGUUCUAACUCACACAAAACAGAAAAAAUAUAUAUUAUUUGCAUAUUUUUCAUUUUAUUUCCAUAUCCAGGUUAAACUUUUGGAAUGAAGAUUCUAACCCUGCACUCACCGCAAUCCAGAUAUGCCUAUGGAAACAUUUACUUGACAGUUUUCCCCUAAACAAGCCAACAGCAGCAGAGGUUAAAGCAGAGGCUCCUUUCAUUAAAUAAUGCAAAAUAUGUAUAACAAGCAUAAUCUGUUAAGAUCAUAAAACUAAUCCAUGAUGAACAAAUGUAACAAAAAGCAACAUGGCCUCAGCCAACACUAUCCCACUUCUGUCCAGUUCUCUCUCUCUAUUUGUGCAUAUCAGAAAUAAAUUUUUUUCUAUGUCA